UCUCACGGAACACUUAGCAGGUGGAGAAGUCAAAUACGAAACAAAAACUGACUGAAUGACGGCACGGACAUGUAGCAGAUAUUUGUUUGGCAGCAGAUUUUUUAGAAACAUUUUCAAAGAAACCACCCAAAUUUUUUAAAAUAGCAAACAAUGUACAAUCCAAGCGAAACCCCAAACAAAGCAACCAUGACGAUCCUCCUAAGCCUGCUAACAAUUCUCCUCCUCCUUUUCCUCCUCCGCAAGCGCAAAGCCGUCGCCGCCAAAAAGCUUCCGCCGUGCCCGCGAGGUCUCCCACUGUUGGGAAACCUUCACCAACUCGGCUCAUUUCCUCACCGAUCCCUCAACUCCCUUUCUAAACAAUAUGGCCCUCUCAUCCUUCUCCGAUUAGGCAUCGUCGCCCCCACCGUCGUCAUCUCCUCCGCAGAACUAGCGGAACAAGUUAUGAAGACUCAAGACCUCAUCUUCGCCAGCCGUCCACCAUCGUCCAUGGCCAACCAUCUGCUCUACAAUAGCACGGAUAUCGCCUUCUCGCCUUACAAUGACUAUUGGAGGAUGAUGAAGAAAAUAUCCAUCGUCCAUCUGCUGAGCAGCAGGCGCGUGCAAUCGUACAAGCGCGUGCGACAGGAGGAAAUAGAUCUCCUAAUUGAAGAGAUUCGCACUGCUUCAGCGGCGGCGGAGGCGGUGAACUUGAGCAAGAGGUUGGGGGUUCUCACGAAUGAUAUCAUAUGCAGGGUGGCGUUGGGGAGGAAGUACUCUGGGGAGACGAGAUUUCGAGAGAUGUUGGAUGAGUUUCAGAGGUUGUUGGGGAGCUUUCCAAUGGCCGAUUUUAUUCCUUGGCUGGGUUGGGUGGAUAGGGUGAUUGGGUUGGAGGGAAGAGCGAGGAGGACUUCGAGGGAGUUGGAUCAGUUUUUGGAGCGGGUUUUGGAGGAGCAUCUGAGUAGAAAAAAGAGUUCAAAUGCAAUUGGGAGCAGCAAAGAAUGUGAGGACUUGGUGGAUGUGUUGUUAUCAGUUAAAGACGAACAUGGUUCCGAAGAUGCUGACAUCCCCCUUGGUAAAGAGCAUAUUAAAGCUCUAAUUCUAGAAAUGUUUGCUGCUGGCACAGACACAACAAUCACCACUUUAGAAUGGGUCAUGGCAGAGCUCAUCAAGCACCCCAUAUUGAUCCAAAAGGUUCAAAGGGAGAUAAGAGAGACUCUUGGAUCUAAACAGGUUAUUGAAGAGGAAGAUAUAGAUAAAUUAACUUACCUAAAAGCAACUAUCAAAGAGACUCUAAGAUUGCACGUUCCAGUUGCUCUGCUAGUUCCCAGACUCACAACAGAAGACACUCAGUUAAAAGGCUAUGACAUUCCUGUUGGAACAAGAAUCAUAAUUAAUGCAUGGGGAAUCGCUAGAGAUCCUAAUUAUUGGGACACGCCAGAUGAAUUUCGGCCUGAUAGAUUCAUAAAUAGUAAUGUUGAUUUUAGAGGACAACACUUCCAGCUUACACCGUUUGGAGCAGGGAGAAGAGCCUGCCCGGGGAUAGGCUUCGCAAUUGCCGUUAUAGAAUGCACCCUCGCGAAGUUGUUGCAAGUUUUCGACUGGGAGGUUCCGGAAGAAUCGAAGGAUGAAGUAUUGGAUAUGAGCGAAAUUGCAGGACUAACAAUUCACAAGAAGUCGGCACUUAUUGUUAUACCAAAGUUGCAUUUUGCAGAACUUACCUAGCUAUUUUGGUUGAAUUGUAACUGAAAAGAUGAAAUGUGAAGGGAUUUAAUAUUAGUGAAUUGUUUGGGAAUAACAAAUCGCAUGCCUGACAUUAUUCAAACAAAAACAUAUUGUUAUGCU